AUGUACGCAUCCCUGUCCAGUGCCCAAGGCCCAUUUUGCCUCCUGGCAUCUCCUUCCCUCUCCUGUCACGACCAGUCUCCGAGCUUCAGCCGCUUAGUUGCACCGGAACACCCUUACUUCCUGUCCAUGUGUUCAGUUCGCGGUUGCGCAUACUGUCGUAAGCGACUCCUUUACCAGUUCACACAAGCCAAAUUUUGCAUUGAACACCACCACGUCACUGCCUUUCGCGACUCGGUUCUCCUUCCCUCGGCGCACGAUUACCUCAUUCGUUACGUAUACUACCACCCCGGCUUGAGCUUUCAUCGAGUUCGACGCUACCACACAGGCAUGGCAUCCUUCUUCAUGUCCUAA